UUCUAGUAGACCCUUACACUACACUCCCGUCGUGCACUUUAAAGCAUAUUCAAUAUCAUUUCUGCCUAAUUUCGGGCCAAGAGAUAACAUCAGACAUCAGCAAUGGAUGCGGCAGCAGCGGGAGCCAUCUAUGGAGCAGAGACGGCUGUUGAAGGGGCCGUUGGCAUUGCAGCAGGCGUUGCUCGCCCGACCAUGCCUCUGAAGGCUUCCCUCAGCCGGAUUCAAAGCAGCACCCCGCUUGCGCGAUCAUCUCAUUCUCUGUGCGUGAUCAGAGGCCACGCGUACAUCUUUGGCGGUGAAAUAUCUCCCCGUGAGCCUGUCGAUAAUGCUAUGCACGUGUAUACUCUUCCAAAUCCAUCCACGACCGCCACAGAUGCCGACUAUCGCGUCGUUGCGCCACAGGCAGCGAUUCCCGGCGACCAACUGCCUGCCCCGAGAGUUGGACAUACCGCAUCAUCCAUUGGGGACCGGAUAUUUGUGUUUGGCGGUCGUGGAGGCACUGACAUGAAAGCUUUGGAAGAGAAAGGCCGAGUCUGGGUAUUUGAUACCAGCACAAGCCGAUGGAGUAAACUCGAUCCCGUCCAGGACUCGCCUUACCCAGAGGCAAGAUCAUACCAUGCAUCUGUUGCUAAUGAGCAUCCCGUCCCGUCAAAAUCUCAAGGUAAUACGUAUGCACGGGGUGAGGAGAUUGCGGCGAGCGAUCAUGGCACGCUCUUUGUCCACGCUGGUUGCACUGCGUCAGGUAGGCUAUCUGAUCUGUGGGCUUUUGAUGUCGCCUCUCGGACGUGGACAAAAUUUCCAGAUGCUCCUGGUCCGGAAAGAGGCGGGCCAAGUCUUGCCUUUGCUCAUAACAAACUCUUUCGUUUUGGCGGAUAUGAUGGGAAAAGUGAAAUUGGUGGGCAGAUAGACUACCUACACAUUGUCCGAGCUACCUUCAAUGACAAGGGUGGCACAGGCGAGAUGUGCUUGUCUUCCACUUCAGACCACUGGGAAACCAUUUCGUUCGAUGCUGACCUGGAGCUCCCUGGAAACCGGAGCGUUGCUGGUCUACAGCCAGUAACAACGGGCCAGGGCCGCAACUACCUCUUGCUAAUGUUUGGCGAGAGGGAUCCCAGCUCACAGGGCCACGCAGGCGCUGGAAAAUUCUGGAGUGACAUAUGGAGCUUCCAGCUACAGCCGGACGGAAUGACAGCGGCAAGCUUCAAGGAUGCCACGAGGCAGCUCAUUGGCAAGAGAACUGGUGAGGGAGAAUGGGCAGAGGUGAAAAUCGUUGAUGAAGAAGGGAAAGAACAGAGCGAUGAAACCAAGCACCUGGGAAGUAGGGGCUGGUUUGCAAGUGCGCCAGCGGCGGACACGGAUCCCGGCUCCGUCAUUAUCUGGGGCGGGUUGAACGAAGAUAACGAGCGAUGUGGCGACGGCUGGAUCAUUACGGUGAUAUAAGAAUCACAUACUGACGAGGCUGGAAAUGUCGGGCGAUUCUAAUGCGAAAGUUCAGGCCAACUGGAAAGUUGCGAGAAAGUGAAUCAAAAGCACAAUAUAUUCAUUCGUAACAAGUCUAGAUUUCUUCUAAAUCAAUACAAAAAAGCGAACGCUCAAGUGAGAUUGAACAAAAUUGGAGAGCCGAACCAAGCAUAUGAUAUUUCAUAUAAAAGUAUAUAUGCGGCGACCCGUUAUGAUUUGUACGCCAACCAACGCCUUGGGUAUGUAGAUUCAUCUCUUUGCGCCAGCAGGAAUCGAAAAUCCACGCGUCAUAAAAUCUCCGUCCUUGCCAGCACCGUUUCCCGAAGAGAAGAGACUCUUGAUAUUGUCGUUAGUUCCAUACUUUCUUCUUUUGUUUCUCUCUGCCUCCUCCUCGAGUACUUUGGCAGUCAAAGAUGCAG